UUCUGCAACUGUGGAACUGAAAAUUGCGGCUCAAUCUUUUCAGUUCAAUAAUAUUUUAAAACAAACAAUAAAAAGUAUUACAUUUAAUGUAGCAAGCAAGCCUGUAUAAAUAGCCCACUACAUUUUCAUUAUCACUUAUGUCUACAGUUCAUAUUGAAUCAAUCAAUUCGAAAUACAAUUCAAUCGACUGAAGUAAAUAUAUCUGGGUUCGGAUACCCUGUAAAUUUAAUAUGAGAGGGUGAGACCGCAGUAUCGUGGCGGGAGUCUACCAGAGAGGGUGGACGCUGCGCGGUUUAAUCCCCGUACAACAAAGAGAAUUUACAAUAACUUUUCUAUAAUCAAUAGCAUAUUCAUUAUACCAUAUCUGAGAUAAAUUAAUUGAAGAAGCGAGGUCAGUGAACUCUAUAUACUCUGUAUUUGCUGGCUGGAUUAUUACAUUAACGCGUUUUGUACACCUGAAGGGUGCUCAUUAUCACACAUUUAAAAACAAUGUACCGGAUAAAAAAAUAAAAUUAUUAUAAUGUAAUACUUGACUUACCAAGUAAUAGGUGAUCCUUGAUAUAUAAUUUAAACAAAAUGCAUCUUCUGGCAUUCGUGACUUUGGUGUUUUGUGGUAUAAUUAUGUCCGAGUUGUGUGAGCGAUCUCCACCACACGCGCAGCCGGCUGACUCCCACUACAAGUUGGCAGUCGCCGGUGACCCAGACUUAUUUCUUCCUGGAGAACUAUAUUCAGUAUCGCUUCACGGUGUAGACAGCGGACAAGGCCCGGCCCCUUUCACAGGCUUCAUAAUUUGGGCGGAAUUAGAUCAUAAUUUAAAUACUAGUUCUAAUGCUACCAAUGUUACUAUGAGUGGUUCACCUGGAACCUUCCAGGCGUAUGAUGCCCAGACUAAGCCUCACGAACUGUGCAAGCCGGCUGUGGAUAACGCUACCGCUCAUCCAAAGACAGAAAUUCAGGUGAUAUGGAACGCCCCGUCGAGUACACCUGAGAGCUGUGUACGUUUGUGCGCGCGCGCUUUUCAUCUUGAUUCCACUACGGUAUCAAUUCUCGCACGUAAAUUGUGUCCUGCGCCUGCAGCUCCUACUGCGCCUGAUCGACAACCGCCUAUUGUGGAGCCUUGUUGCGCUUGCGAUGAGGCUAAAUAUGAGGUAACAUUCGAGGGUCUGUGGUCUCGGAACACUCACCCUAGAGAAUUCCCUCCGGAAUCAGCGCGGGCGCAUUUCAGCGACGUUAUAGGUGCGUCGCAUACGGCCCAAUUUAGAGUUUGGCAAGAGGGAAGAGUGGCAACAGCUGGAUUAAGAAAGUUAGCUGAUGAUGGUACAACCACUACCCUUGAAAAGGAAUUGAAAUCUGAGAGCGAUCAUAUACGGACGAUCAUCAAGGCCCGCGGCAUUUCCUGGCAACAAGUGGCCGGCUCUGGUAUUCCCACCACCUUUGCAGUAUUCAGGGUGGAUGCCAAACAUCAUCUAGUGUCUUUGGCCUCGAAACUGGCGCCAUCUCCAGAUUGGAUUCUUGGUAUUUCGGCAUUGGAGCUAUGCAACUUGAACUGUACUUGGAGAAGAUCGGCUGUCUUACCACUUUAUCCUUAUGAUACUGGAACUGAUAGUGGUAUAAGUUACAUGUCCCGUCGCAACCCGACGGUACCACCAGCUCCAGUUCGCGCUCUCAGACCCGAGUGGCCUAAAGAUUCCCGCUCGCCAUUUUUCACCUCCUCGGGAGAAAUGAGGCCCUUUGCUCGCCUCAGGCUUAAUCGACUGCGCUUGUACGAAAAGAGCUGCGAAUCUUCAGAUCCUGGCAACCAGCAAACCAUUGAUGCAUCAAUACGUACCGGUGGCGGGUCAUGUGCGACUCUGUCAUGGGGCUCUUGGGGUCCGUGUAGCGUGACAUGUGGCGAGGGGCGUGCUGCUCGGCAGAGGGACUACAUGUGGCCCGCUCGGGCCAAGGCAGACGCCUGUAGAACCCCUCUCACCGAUUACCGACCUUGUCGUGGACCUAGGUUACAUUGCCGAGUUCAGUCAGAAUACGAGCCAGAUCCAGCUGAAUCCAGCGGACCUUGUGCAGUAUCGUCUUGGUCCGAAUGGUCCCCCUGUGAAGGGUGUGGGGUUCGAGCCAGGACCAGGCACUAUUUAGUCCCGCGUGCCUACAAACGCUGCCAUGUUGGUUUCAAGGCCCGAACGGUCCUCAGCCAGGCCAUGCCUUGUGAAGCUGGACCAUGUUUUAAAGCACCCAGCGCUUUUGCAAAUUCCACAAACUUCGAUUGGUUUUAUAUUGACAAUCCCCGCGGCGAAUGCGCAGUGACAAGUUGGGGUUCAUGGUCCCCGUGUUCCGCAAAUUGCGGCCGCGGUCGACGUAUUCGUACUCGUCUUUAUAUCUCGAAGGACCCGCGGGUACAAGUCCUGCUCACGAAGAGACUGCUCGCCGAUUGGAAUAAGCUGUUUGCUGAUUUUCAGAAUUUGACAGUACCAUCGGAAAAUGUGACAAGUGAAAAUCCGAACGUAGACCUUUUGGUACAAGAGCACUUGGAUCGCUGUCAGGACACUUUGACUCAGCAGGAGGCACUUUGUGAUGGAGAAGACCCUUCAUGCGACACUGAAGUUCCUCAGGAGGUAUGCACACUGCCUAUGUCGGUGGGUCCAUGCCGUUUGUACGAAGAGAGAUGGUUCUACGAUAACUCUACAGGAGUAUGCGAGCCGUUUGGAUUUACAGGGUGUGGUGGGAAUGCAAACAACUUUCGAGACAAGCAGACUUGUGAUCGAGCGUGUGCUGGGAAAAAUAUAUCCGCUGUUUUUCCAGUCGCAGAGGCGAGCACCAAAAAGCUAAAAGCUACGCCUCCCGCUAUUGACAACGAAGUUUUGCCGAACGAUUCACCGCGAGUUGAUGUGAGUUGCGAGAUGGAACCGUGGCUCGGCUGGUCCGAGUGCUUCGGGGACUGUGAAUAUGCUAUCAAACUCAACUAUAGACUUGUACGACGUUUCGCAUCUGGCUUCGGGAAGCCGUGCCAGAAAGUAGUAAAGAGUCGUAUUUGUAGACCGAGGCAUUGUAGAGCCUUGAAUAGCACGUUGACCGACACCUACGGUGAAGACGAAUAGUUCUAUUUUAAUCUCUUGUAUUGAUAAUAAACAUAAGCUGCUUAAAUGUUUUAUUGUAUUUAUUGAAAUAAAGGUUUUGAGAAAGCUCA